UGAAAUUACGGCGUAACUAGAUAAUGCUCCUUGUCACACAGCAAUGGCAAUAGUCCUUGUCACUUUUUUAUCUUCUCGAAGUUGACAAAUCGCCUCACGGAAACUCAUUUUGUGACAUUCGAAAAAGUUCAAACGUCUGUAACCGACCGGCUGAAUGCUAUUACAGUAUCGAAGUUCCAGCAAAAUUGUGCUGCACCGUCACAUAAAGAAUCACGGAAAAAUUGUGGAUUCAUUGGUGAAAUUAUGCGAGAGGACAGAUGGUAAAUGCAACACGAUCAACGCUAGAAUCGCAAAUGGCAUUGAAAAACGCUGGCUUCGUUUGUUCUUGAGGUGCUUCGACUGGCAGGUAUAUUUGGAGUCCCUUCCUAAAAAGCACAAUUUUAGGAGUUCGGCAACGUCAUCGGACAAUUCAGAGAGCGAUUGUUACCGAGAACCAGCUUGCAAGUAUCCUCGGUUAAGUAGAAGAGAAAGAUGCAAGACAACCAACCGGCAACAGUUUGAAGACUACUCUUCCAGCGAGGAUGAGAGCGACGGAAUGAGUGACAACGGAGACGACCCCGCAACAGAAAACGGAACUGAUGUUUUAGACCACGGAAAGGCUCCCUCAGAUUUCACCAAAGUCGAAAAGAAAGCACCCAAUUUAGCAACAUAUUAUUUUAAGCACAUAGACACUGACUCAGAAAUGGAUAAGCUAGAUCACCGUGCCAUAUCAAAAGUAGAUACGCAAAGCACCUUGGGGGAGACUUCCGAGGAGGAAUGGACCUACACGAAAACGAAUCAUACUACGAAAACCAGCGACCAGGAGGUACCAACCACUGAUGAAACCGAAGAAAAAAAUCGUCCCGAAACCCAAACCCAUCCCAGAAGAUACGAUAAGGCGGCUAGUUCUGAAAGCAGAAGAGCUGGUCAGUCCGGACAAAUGUCGGAAAAAUUCUGUGAACAAACCGUCGAAAGUGAACAAAUGGCUAUGCUUGGAAAGACCGGAUGA